AUGGCUGAGGAUCUCGUGGCCAAUGAUGCAGCGCUCGCUGAAGGCACCGCUGUCGCCACGUCCGACCCAGAAGAGUCCUCGGCCUUGGACGCCUUAGCCUUGAAAGAGCCUCUGAAGGCUGAUGAGAGGCCCAGCUCCAGCAGAACUCCGUCUGUUUCCUCCCGCCAGUCCAUCCACGUCGCUGUGCCUUCCAAUGUCAGACCUGGGGAGAAGUUUUUUGUAGUGGUGGAUGACAUGGAGUAUGAGGUGAUAGCGCCAGAAGAUUGUAUGCCUGGCGAAAUGAUUGCAAUGGACAUCAUGUCAGAUUUGCGAUACUGGGAAGCUGAUGCACCUGCGGUUGUUGUGUAUCCUGACCCCGAUGAUCGUGGAGAGGGUGGCCGGCCCGGGCCGGGUUGGAAUGAAUCCAAAGAGUACGAGGCUUCUGUGGCCGAGUCGGUUGCCACGGACGCGAGCAUCGUACAGAUUACUGUGCCGAACGAUUGCAAUGCAGGUGACACGUUCUUCGCCGCAGUCAAUGGCUUAGAGUAUGAGAUUCUCGUGCCUAAAGGCAGCAACCCUGGGGACGUGAUCACCCUGGAAGUGCCAUCCAAACACGCAGUCGGAAAGUUCGCUGUGCCAGCGCCUGCCAGUGACGUGCCGUCCAUUCUCGUACGAGAUGCAAUGGCUAGCCAGGGCUCCAGCGAGACGGACGUGUUUGCGGAAAUUUCCGUUCCGGAGAAUACAUACCCUGGCCAAACUUUCGUGGCUGUCAUCGAGAAUAUGGAGUUCGAAGUUCCCGUACCAGACGGCUACGGUCCGGGAGACCGAAUGACGCUUCAGGUGCCUUCACGUGGUUUCAUGCCGAGGCCUCUGCCGUCGGAGCUACGGGAAAUGCGCCAAGAGCUCCAAGAAGUGCGUCAAGAGCUGCAAGCCGUCCGGCAAGUGCAGAUGUCGCAAAAGAGAGCUGAAGAGGCAGCGCAACACGUGUCCAAAUCCUCGGGCGACUCAAACUUUAUCGAGAUACUCAUUCCACCGGACUGCUACGAAGGAGAUGUCUUUAUUGUCGAAGUGGAUGACGUUGAGUUCGAGAUGGUUGUCCCGGAUGGUUGCACGCCGGGUGAGGUGAUUUACAUGGACGUGCGCGAGGGUGCUGGGUACCCGGCCAAAGAGCUGAGCAGCAAGCAGAAGAGCAGUUCAAGACCUGCCUCAGCCGUCAAGAAGAAGAUCCUGCAGGAGCUUGCAAAAGAGCAGCUUGCUCGCGAAGCUGCUGCCGCAGCUGCCGCCUCGGCGGCCUCUGCAACCUCUGCGGCACCGCACUCCAGCUUGGAGGUCUUGGAAAUCACGAUUCCGGACGAUUGCUAUCCAGGCGACGUUUUUGUCAUCGAGGUGAAUGGCGUAGACAUCGAGCUGGUCGUGCCAAGUGAGUGCCAACCUGGUGAAGUCAUCUACAUGGACUUGCUGCCAGAAGGCCGCGUCACCAACUCUCGGCCUGCAUCGGGCACCACAGCUACAGACAAAUCGCACUCACGGCCUGCGAGUGCCAGGAAGAAGGGCAAGGCAAUGGCUGAGGAGCCAUCAGAGCCAGAGCCUUCAGGGAGUCCUGAAGGAGCGCUUGCGCCGGUAGCGGUGGAAAAGCCGGAAGAGGAGACCCUGCAGGCGACAGUGGCGACAGGGUCGGCUCCGUCGGCUCCGGAAGCCGCUCCGGAAGCCGCUCCGGAAGCCGCUCCGGAAGCUCCUGAUGGCCGUGCAGCUUCCGGGUCCAUUGCAGGGACUGAGGACCUGGUCGAGAUUCUGGUCCCCGAAGACUGUGCUCCCGGUGACAAAUUCGUUGCUGUCUUCGAAAUGGAGUUGAAAGUACCAGAGGGCUGCGAAGGUGGUGAUGUCCUAGUCGCCGCCAUGCCUCACGCCAUACCUGAAGCGGAGUUGGACACUACGGGAUCCACCUCAGCACUCGGUAAAACCUUGGAGGCCAUGGGAUGGACAAAAGAGAUCGAGAAUCUGAAGCAAGAAAUGGAAAAUUUGAAGCAGGAACGCCUGAAGCUACCCGAGCCAGAAGUGCAACCAUCUUCGAAAGAGGAGGAUGACAUCCAAAGCUUGAAGAAGGAAAUUCAUCACCUAAAGGAGGAGCACGCAAGGCUUCUGGCACAGUCACUACAUGCAGCCAACAAGCAGCAGAUGGAGCGAGUCGAUGUGAAGGAGAAAAUGACGAAAGAAAUGGCAACUCUGCGAAGGGAAGUCCGAAAGCUUAAACAGGCCAUGAAGGAGCCACCUCCGAGCAUCAUGAACCUUUUGGGAGCACAGGCAGCCGAAAUACCUGUCCUGGACAUGCAUUUCAAGCUUGAUGGGGAGCUGUCAUCCUUUGACGAAGCAGACUUUACGAACUCCCUGGCGGAAACGUUGGGAGUCAACAAGUCCCUCAUCCAGAUACGCCUCUCUCCUGGCUCCGUCAUAGUGGAUGCGAGCAUCUCAGUGAGUGACAGUUCCGUAUUGCAUCGGGCGGAGGAGGUACUACGGCUAGAGAAAGAUGAGUUGUCACGCCGUCUGGGAAGCACUGUCCUCGAGCCGCCUCGCUUCGUGCUGAUGGCCCAGGGCCCCCAAAUGGGCAAGGAGAAGUCGCUGAGCAAUGAGACACCACGCUCCUCGGGUGUCGAUGUCGUGGACGUUACGAUCCCAGACGGCAUCCACGCUGGCGAUGUUUUCUAUGCCGAGGUGAAUGGUGUGGAGUUCAAGGUUGUCGUGCCCGAGAACUGCGGGCCUGGUAAGAUCAUCGAGAUGGAGGUUCCAUCAUCACUCACCCAGGAAGGCCUCGGGCCAGUGACCAGCCGUUCCAGCUCCUACGAGGCGCAGGACCCACUGUCAGAGAUUGUUGAAGUGGUCAUUCCUCCCGGUGCAUGCGCCGCGGGCGGGUUCAUUGCGACGCUUCACGGGAAGGACUAUGAAAUCUCUGUUCCAGAGGGUGGGCAAGAAGGUGAUACUAUCGAGAUUGACCUGGCAGGACUGUCUCAGCCGUCCUCUCGGAGCUCGCAGGCAUCCAAGAUCUAUGAAGUUUUAGUGCCAGAUUUUCUUAAAGCUGGAGAUUUGUUCAUCGCGCAGCUGGAGGGCAAGGAGUAUGAGAUCCCGGUGCCCUACAGCUGCCGGGGUGGUGACGUUAUAGAGGUUGACGUGUCAGGCUUGUCAGAGCCGCCUUCCAGCGCUUCGCAGGAUCGGCCGGACCAUACCUUUGGAGUCGUCAUACCUGCGACACUGUGCGCUCAUGACUCGUUUACCAUUAUGGUGCACGGCAAGGAGUUCGAAAUCAGUGUUCCGGAGGGCAAGCAAGGUGGAGAUGAAAUUGUGGUUGAGUUUGCAGGUUUGACUCCCCUGGCCGCUAGCAAACUGACCCCGGCCACGGAUGAAGAGGAGGAUAUCAACGCCACGCCCACGGAAGGCUCCAUUGCCCACGGGUCGGAGGCCGCAGAGGGCGACAUUGACGAAGCUGCUCCUUUUGAUUCAGGCCGAUGCAACGAGGAGCCAGCAUCGCCAAGUGCUGCAAGUCCUAGUGCUUUUCAAGAAACGUUAAGAGAAGAACAUCUCGACGUAGAACAGGCCUCUGCACCGCAGGUGGGCGCAAAGGAGAUCCUGGAGCGCAUCCAACCGGAGCCAAAGCCAGAGGUCCCCGAAGAAGAUAGCGGCAAAGAGCGCGAUGCUGCAGUCGAAAACGCCUGCAUGCAGGCAGAGGAGGAGGCAGAGCGGAAGCGCCUGGAAUUCGUGGAGCGCCAAGCGAUGGAGGAGGCUGAAAGACUCCGUCGUGAAGAGGAGGAACGUGAAGCUGCGAGAAUAGCUGCCGAGAAGGCGGCUGAGGAGGCAGAGCGGCAACGCAUCGAAGACCUCAAGCGCCAGGCGCUAGAAGAGGCUGAAAGGGCCGCCCGAGAGGAGGCAGCUCGUGAAAAUGCGUGCAUGGAGGCAGAGGAGGAGGCAGAGCGGCAGCGCCUGGAGUAUCUGAAGCGCCAAGCAAUAGAGGAGGCUGAAAGACUCCGUCGUGAAGAGGAGGAACGAGAAGCUGCGAGAAUAGCUGCCGAGAAGGCGGCUGAGGAGGCAGAGCGGCAACGCAUCGAAGACCUCAAGCGCCAGGCGCUAGAAGAGGCUGAAAGGGCCGCCCGAGAGGAGGAAGCGCGCAUAAAACGAGAGGAGGCAGAAAUCAAGGGCAAGGUAGUGGUCUCUGUGACUGUGGUGAACGAUGAGACGGAAGAGCUGAUGGCCAAGGCCUCAUUGAGGCUUGGUUGCAAAGUUCUCGAACUUGCACAGGUUUGCAUCCGGGAAGCACGGCUGUCGGUGACUCCCGCUAUCUUCACCGAGCCCAAGCCCGAGCCCAGAAUGGUGCGCGGAAAGAUGGAAGUGCGCGAGCGCUCCGUGCUGAACAGCGACGAGACGCUGUUGGAAGCUGGUGUGGAGAACAACGCCGUCCUCAGAGCCAAGAUCAGUCCCGCAGUCAUCACGGCAUCAAAGGACCGCACGGCUCGCAUUUGGAAUGCAGAGACCGGGAAAUGUGAGCUGAUUCUGGAGGGCCACACCGAAGCAGUCUGCUCGGCUUGCAUUUCACCAGACUGUCGCUAUGUGGCGACCUCUUCGGAAGAUGGCUCCUCCAGGCUCUGGUACGUGGACAGCGGCCGCUGCGCUCGAGUCUUGCUGGACCACAAAGAAGCAGUUUACUUUGCCACUUUUUCGCCAGACAGCAAGCAGGUCGUGACUGCAUCAGAGGAUGCCACGGCCAAAAUCUGGGUGGUCAAAACCGGCAUCUGCAAGCUGACUUUGAAAGGGCACCACUUCGCCGUCCUCUGGGCAACAUUUUCCCCUGAUGGCAGAAGCGUAACAACCACAAGCAGUGACGGAACGCUCAAAAUUUGGAAUGCCAAAACCGGAGUUUGUGAUCGGACCCUCCUUGGGCAGAAGCCCGUGUACCUGGCCUCCUUUGCAAGUGAUGGCACGACCUUCGUCACUACUAGUGGUGAUUCGACUGCCAAGAUUUGCGACCUUGUGACUGGAGAGGCCAAAAUAGUUCUUACAGGCCACGACUCGCUUGUACUCGGCGCUUCCUACGCGCCUUCGUGUCCGCAGCCGGAGUCUCACCAAAAAGAUGACGCUGGCUAA